UGUAAAAGCAUGUUAAUAACCUAACCUAAUUCUAAGAUAAAUAAAAACGCGCCACUUAAAUAUUUAAUUUCAAAUUCCAGUUUAAUUUUAUCUAUUUUAAAUAAUACUCAUGUUUAAGAUUGUACAAAAACAGUUAGUAAAAUAUUCAAAGACGUUCCAUUCUGCCAUGGUCAAUAUCACUCCACCAAUGUUAGAUUUAGAAGUUAAUAGAAUAGUAUGGGUCGAUAUGGAAAUGACAGGUUUAAAUGUAGACCAGGACAAAAUAAUGGAAAUUGCCUGUCUUGUAACAGACGCAGAUUUAAAUAUAAUUGCUGAAGGACCAGAUAUUAUAAUACAUCAACCUGAGAGUGUACUUAAUAAAAUGGAUGCUUGGUGCACGAAACAACAUAAGAAGACAGGUUUGACUGCAGCUUGUCUCAAUUCUAAGACCCAACUGGAACAAGCCGAGAGCGAAAUUCUUAAUUUUGUUAAGAAACAUGUCACUGAAAAAAUGUCACCCUUGGCAGGAAAUAGUAUUUACAUGGACCGAAUGUUCCUCAUUAAAAAUAUGCCAAGUUUACAUAAUUAUCUACAUUAUAGAUUAAUAGACGUUUCUACAGUUAAAGAACUCUGUAGAAGAUGGAAUUCAGAAGUAUACAAAAAAGCUCCUAGCAAACAGUUUACACAUAGGGCUUUGAGCGAUAUAAAAGAAAGUAUAGAAGAACUUAAGUUUUACAAAGAAAAUUUUUUUAACCUAGACUAAAUUUUAUUAAUUAGAUUUACUGCAUGCAUCAUGGAAAAAAGUUGAAAUUUUUAAAAAGAAUCUGCUGAAAUCAACAAAUUGACCUCAGUUUUACUCAAAUUAUUUUAAAACGGUUGAGAUUUGUA